GCAAGUUUCCAAUGACAACUUUUCAUACAAAGUUUGUUCAAUAAUUUGCUUCCUGCAAACUCAAACUUUCAGUCAUUUUCACAUUAUUUUGUGUCUCCUCUCCUUUUGUGCAUCCAAUCCACAACUUAUUAUCAAUUAAUUAAGCAAUUAAUUAAAAUGGCGACGAGCUCGAGUCAUCCAGAGCACUGCGGUUCCGGCGAUUUCGACCUUGACCUCGACAAGACCCCCACCAGGCUCAAAGAGGACACCGAGUUGAACAGCUUUCUAGGCAGAGUGGACGAAAUCACGGCUGUGAUAAGCGCACUCGCUUCCACCGAUCCGGCUGAGAAUGAACGAGGCAUUCGCCAAGCGGACAUCCUCCUUCAUGAGAAGAACGUUGGGGGGUGUGACCUUGCCUGCCAGGUGACGCAGGAUCGCAGCGUCAUAAACAAAGUUAAGGAGGAAAAUAGAGGUCAAAGUCAGGAUGAGCUGAGUACUCAGGCCUUCAUGCGGUCCGUGGAGGAGGACGUAGAACGAAGGACGGCAGACCGGAAGGAGAGGAAAGUGGAGUCGGAUAAGUUCCGGAAGAAGGGGAACAUUCUCUUUGGGCAGAAGGAUUUUGCAGGAGCGUUAAAAAAUUAUAAUGAGGCCAUAAAACUAAUCAGGGAUUCUCCCUGCCUGUAUAACAAUCGAGCCUUGACAUAUCUCCGAUUGGGACUUUAUUCCUCUGCUGUGGAAGAAUGCGACAAGGCGUUGCGACUGGAGGAACAUUCCCUCCGGGGACGAAUGUUUUUGGCGAAGGCCCUCUUUCUCCUGGGAAAUGCGGAUAAGUGUCGCGAAACAUUGAAUGAAGCUAGAGCCAAGUUGCCCGGAAACUUGAAGCUUAUCGAUACUUAUGAACGUGACCUGUUCAACAUGAAUGUUGAAAAACCGUUCGAUUUCGAUCUGGAUACGGAGAAGAAAUGGCAGGCAGCGGAAAGAUAUGAAGGUACGGAGUUUCCGGUGAAGCAAAAACCAAAGAUAACCAAGAACAGGACGAUCGUCGUUGGUGGUGAGAAAUCCGGAGCAGAAAAUUGUGAAGAAAUUGGGACAAAAUUGGAAAAAGAAGAUGUUCCCGAUGGCGCUGGUGGUGAUGAAGUAGAGAAAAUUACAACUGUCGAAAUCUGAUGAUUUUUUAAAAGUUUUUUAUUAAAUAUUUUUGGUAUUAAUAGCCUUUAUCAGUGAUAACUUAUCACUACAUUGUUAGAAAUAUGUAUAAGAUUGUCAAGAAAAUAUGGUAUGUGGUUGGUAUAUAAUGUGAAUUCAUUAAUUGUAAAAUAUUGUAAAAUUAACUGU